AUGAGUGUCGACGCAAGCCAACUGGCCCUCGAGGAGCUCCGGAAGAUAUUUCCAGGGCAAGUGAUUGGCCCCGAUGACGUUGGAUAUGACGAAGAAGUUUGCAGUAGCUGUGCUGAGGAAGUCGCCAAGGCCCUGCUAAUUGUCAAGGGCUCAGGCUCUAAGUUUGCCAUUCGAUCAGCAGGCCACAAUGCGAACCCUGGCUUCAGUAGCGUCAGCACUGCAGGGUCGGGUAUUGUGCUUGACUUGCGUGGACUGAAAUCUAAGUCUCUGGACAAUAAAACCAACGUCGCACAUAUGGGAGCGGGGAAUAACUGGUCCGACGCGUUCACCUGGCUCGAAGCGCAGAAUUUGUCAGUGAUAGGCUCUCGGGAAGGCAGAGUUGGCCUUUCCGGGUUCCUCCUUGGUGGUAGGGCUGACUUUUGUCCUAUUCAUCCGUGGCAUUCGGUUGGCCAAGUCCUAACUUGCUCAGGUGGUCAGGGGAUUUUCUCCAGCUCUUUUGGGUUGGGCGUAGACGGCGUCAAGAACUUUGAGAUCGCCCUUGCGAAUGGCACAAUUGUCAACGCAAAUGCAGAAGAAAAUUCGGAUUUAUACCUCGCGCUCAAGGGCGGCGGCUCCAACUUUGGUAUUGUCACCGCCGUAAGCCUCCAAACGCAUCCUCUCAUCCGGGUUCAGUACACUAUACACAUGUACGACCCGUCUGACUACCAGAACGUGCUCAAUGCGUUUGCCAAGGUCCAAGAGUCAAUGGAACAGGAUCCCAAGAUCGGCAUGUUUAUUAAUACCCGGCGAGACUUCAUCGCCGUUGGUAUGUUCUACGCUGCUUGGUCGGCCGAAAUUCCAGCUGCUUUUGAUCCCAUCGUCAAACUGACCAGUUUCAUCGGCGCGGCCGUGCCUACGGCAAAUGGCACCUUCUCUACUCUGAACGAGAUUCUAGAGGAAUGGGCUUAUAAGGAGCAGGACUUGAAACAUGCUUAUCUCACUAUGACGACCAAAAUCUCACCCAAACUGUACCAAGAGGUCCAUCAACUCUGGAGGAACAUAGUUGACCAGCUUUCUCUUACUGCUGAUUUGCAUUGGUCUAUCCAGCCCCUGACUCAAGCAGCCGUCAUGGCCGGGAGGAACCGCGGCGGCAAUAUCUUAGGUCUAGAAAACGUUUCGCAAUCCUGUUUGAUCUUUGCUUGUGAUUGGAAGCAGGACCACGACGACGAGGCCGUGCGAAGCGCCCUUGCUGCGGCUUUGGAGCGAUCCAAGAAGCUUGCCGUCGAGGGGGAACUCCUGUUGGACCUUCUGCUUCCCACGUUUGCGGGCACGUCUCAGAAUGUGCUCGCCGGCUUUGGUGCAGAGAACGUCAAGAAAAUACAGGAUGCCGCGCGCCGGUAUGACCCUGAAGGCGUCUUUCAAAAGCUGCAGAAUGGGGGUUUCUUGCUACGAGACAUAUGA